AGGUAUAUAUGGAGGUAUGUGUCGUCCCCUGAGACCAGAGUGCUCACAGGUUCACGCCGUCUGACUCCUAAAGCUUCUCAAGAUGAACUUCAUCAGUAUGCUGUCCUGCCUCAGCCUGGUGCUGGCUGCUGUUGCUGCCCAGGCACCAAAGCCCUGCGUUUCUCCCCCGCUGAUGAGUGGAGGCUUCACUUUGAUGGAUCCCAGUGGAGUCUACACAGCCGUGGGAACAAUAAGCUAUGACGCUUUUGGUAAGAGGAUGCGGGUUAGAACCUACCCGCUUGUCGCCAAUCAGACCUCUUCUAUGGACCAGCUGAUGCUUUUCAACCAGAAAGUCUACUAUGAGAUCGACUGGAGCAGAUUCUCUUGCAAGAAGAAAGCACUGGAUACUACCUUCGUUCCCAUGCAAGUUCCCUCUAAUGCUCAAAACAUGGGUCAGGUUUUCAUGGGCUCCUCUUCUUCCUGGGGUAUGGGUGUGCUGGUCAAUAACUGGAAUGGAGAACUGCCACAGAACGGCAUGUAUUCGUUUGUCUUCACUGAGACUGGCUGCAUCCCUCUGACUAUGUCUGUCCACACUCCAGCAUCUGGAUGGUCCAUGAUCAGCACCUACAACUGGGUUUUGGGCAACACAGACCCCAUGGACUACACCCCUCCUUUCUUCUGUGCCAAGUCUAAACUGGAGGAGGAGGAGACACCAGAUACCUUCUUCACUGCCAUUCAGUCUCUGGCCAGGAAGACCAAGAGAGAGCAGUAGACAUCUGGAGCAUCUCACCAAGAUAAUCACUGAUAUUGCUCCUUUUACGGCAGCGGAGCUAAAUUUGACCCAAAUUAUUCAGUAUAUAUUUAUCAUAGUAUGUAGUUCUGUAGAGAUUAAUGUGAUUUCCGAUAUUGUUUUAACCUGCUAUACCACCUGACAGCACAACUAGUCACAGCGAUGUACGUGUGAAAAUCCUUUUAACACACUUAACACACAUAAUAGGGUAAAACCCAAACUCAUUCAACAUAGUAGGAGCAAAUCCAGGUUUUAAGUGUGAAAUUUGGAGGUACACUAUGACAGCUAAGUAAAGGAGACCUUUCAAUAACAACUUAUAGCUACAUCCCAGCUAUGUCUUCUGUCUCUGUCAUCCUCUUCAAUAAAAUCAAUUAAAAGCA